GCGGGGAUCGAGCUUCAUGGUGGGGGGAGAGGGAGGGGAUUCAGGGGAGGCGGAUCAAGCAUCCCUCCAAUUAGCGCAAUUGCAUCAUCUUCAGAGCUCUCUGCUUAAAGCGGCAAUUGCCCGCACUCUUUGCACUCCAGAGUCAAUCCUCCAGACUUCCAGUGUCCACCACCGCCGCCGCAAUGCCACUUCCCGAGUCCCUCGCGUCCCUGAACCUCUCCCCCGCCACCCUCGCCAUCCACGCGGACGAGCACCUCUGCGACACCACGGACAUCGCACCCCCGCUGCACGUGUCCACGACAUUCCGGUACCCCAACAGCCCCUCCGCACUGGUGCCCUUCGAGCAGCCGACAGCGGACUCCCCCCCACUCCCAUUCGUCUACUCGCGGCUCUCCGCGCCGACCUCCACCCGCCUUGAAGCCACGCUCUCCGCGCUCCUCAAUGGCCCCACGCUCGUAUACCCCUCCGGGCUCUCGGCGUUCCACGCGCUCCUCGUGCACGUGAACCCCAAGCGCCUCCUGAUGACCGGCGGCUACCACGGCUGCCACGACACCGCAGCGAUCAUCUCUCGUCUGACCGGCAUGGAAGUAGUACCACUAUCCACGCCGCCGCGGGCGGGCGACCUCGUGCACGUCGAGACGCCUCUCAACCCCGACGGCACAGCGAGCGACAUCUCUUACUACGCUUCACUCGCGCAUAGCGCGGGCGCGCUCCUCUCCGUCGACGCAACGUUUGCGCCGCCGCCGCUGCAGGACCCGUUCCGCCACGGCGCUGACUUCGUCAUGCACUCCGGCAGCAAGUAUUUCGGCGGGCAUUCGGAUAUGCUCGCGGGCACGCUGAGCGUCAGGACCGCUGAGGCCGCGUUGACGCUCGUGGGCGAGCGCAUGUACCUUGGCGCGACCAUGGGGAGCAUGGAGGCGUGGCUGGGCGUUAGGAGUAUCAAGACGCUGGAGCUGAGAGUGGUCAGGGCAGGCGCGAAUGCGACGGCGCUGGUGAAGUGGAUUGAUAGCGAGAUGCGGAAGGAGGGGAGUGUCAUCGCGAACACAGUCAAGCUGGUCACCCAUGCGAGUCUGCAGGACGAACCGUGGUUGAAGGAGCAGAUGCCGAAUGGGUUUGGACCCGUGUUUAGCUUGGUGAUGAAGUCGGAGGAGAUGGCAAAGUCCCUGCCGAGUAAGCUGGUGCUGUGGGCUCACGCGACGAGCUUGGGUGGUGUCGAGAGUCUGAUCGAGUGGAGGGCCAUGUCGGACACGGGAUGUGACAGGGCACUGCUGAGGUUGAGCGUGGGCAUCGAGAAUGUGGACGAUCUGAAGGCCGACCUGCUGAGGGGCUUCGAGGCUGUUGCGGCAUUGUAGAUUGUACAUAUGGCGCAUCGUUAGAAGUAUAUAACAAGAUUGUUAUAGCUGUCCCAGACUAA